CGAUCUUUUUUUUUGCGGUCGGAAUCCAUAUCUCGAGCUGAUAUAGUCGUAUAAGCUAAUGAUGGAUAAAAGUCAGCGAUAAGAGUGAGGAAAAGAAAAAAGUCUCAAAAAAAAGAAGAAGAAGAAGAAGAAGAAGAGACGAAGAAAAGUGGCUAUGUGUGUAUUUAGUUCGAACGUUCGCUGACGCUCGCAGUAGUAGCAGCAUCCGACCGACACGCGAGAGCUGGCGAAUUGUCCCAAAGUGUCUCGGAGAUAAGAAGGGUAGUAUACAGCGUCGUCGUGGCCCCUUCUAUAUAAGUAUGCUGCGGAGAACUCACGUUUACGUGUUCUAUCUCGGUUUCUUUUAUUUUUCGUCGUCGAUUUGAGCUUGUGUGUGGGUGCUCGUAGUGCUGCUGCUGGUGGUGCUCUGAUAUGCAUAUAGGUGAAUUUUGCGAGUGCGCGACUAAGACGACGACAGUGCAGCAGCAGAGAUGCGUUUAUGCAUGCAUGCUAAUACUCCCUACGUCGUCGUCAUCGUCGACGUUUUCAAUAACAAUAAUAUAACUUUACGGAAUGAAUAUGCCGCCGAACAAAGUGAGGAAGAAAAAAGACACGAAUCAUUGUAAUAAUUCUUGUAUGACAUAGUUAAUAAUCGAUAAGGAGCAACAGUUACAUAAUUAUUAUUAUUAUUAUUAUAAAGUUACGACGUUUUACACACGCAGCGCUGGUUGGUGGGUCCAAAAAAACGUAGCUGAUAUUUUUAACGAAAAAAAAAGAAACGGGGUGACGUCCGAGGCGUGCCAAGCGCUGCUGGAUGCACCUCCGCAACAAUCGUUUAGAGAUAAUAUACAUAAAGAAUACAUUUUAUUAUAUUAAAAAUAUACAUCUCUAUUAUAAUAAUAAUAGUAUUAUCUAUAUACACACGCACGAGGCAACGACGCGCGCGUAUACGCAAUAUUUAUCUAUACGUAAGCGUUGGUACCUACAGUAGAUAUCCACACAACGUAUCAUAGAGUUACUACUAGUACUACUACUACUACUACUACAAAAACAGCGAGAGGAAAGAAGCAAGUGUAUAAGCAAGAAAGAAGCAAAAAAAAAGGGAUAAGCAAAAUAUAAUGAUAUCUCGCGAAAAGCUCGCGCGCUGUGCAUAACAAUACCUACUACCCCCCCUCUCUGACAUAAUACAUGAGCAGCAGCGGCAAAGUACCAACAAUAAAGGCGGUCCAAUCACCUUAUAUAGAGGUCCAAUUUUAUUCCUUCCCCUACUACCUAUGUAUCUAUCUACCUAUCUCUCUCUCUCUCUUCGUGUGUGUACACGUAAACGCGCAUAUAAGUGCAUAACGUUCCGGGUUAUAUAUACCUCGUGAAAGAAGAAAUAUUCUCUUCGUCUCCUUUUUUUCUUCGCUCGACCUUUUCAUUAUACUGUCAUCAUCAUCGUCGUCGUCGUCAUUGCCCGAGUGUGUGCGCGUCUUCCUUCCUCGUCUUUUUCUCUCUCUCGACUCGCGUGGUCCAACUCAGAGUGUCUUAGGUACUUUACUAUAACGGACUCUCUCGUAAAAGUAAAAAAACAAAAAAACCCUCCUCCUUGAUCGACCAAAAAAUACCCUAGCUCUCGUCUUUAUUAUUUUUUGUACCAAAAAAAAAACCAAAAUAAACAAGUAAAAGUAUAAGAUAUAUAAACACAACGAACGCAUAUUCUUCGAGUACUACUAGUGCGUGUGUGAGUGCCAUCGGUGUGAUUACGUAUAUUUAGAUGAGUAUAUAAUUAGAGAAUAAAGAUAAUAAUAAAAAAAUAAAAAAUAAAGAGAAAAAUGACAAUGACGAUGUCGAUGCCGCUCGCGGCGAAGCUGAAGAAAGUAAUAAUAAUGACAGUCGGCGGAAUUGCCUGACGACUGUCCGAACGCAGCAGCGCAGCGAUGACGUCGUCGAGCCGCUAUAGCAGCUACAACUGUCUCACCAGCUGGGACAGUUACGAUCGCAUACCGAGAGUUCGCGUCGAGUACUACGUGAACGAGAACACAUUCAAGGAGCGACUUCAGCUCUACUUCAUCAAGAAUCAACGCUCAAGUCUUAGGAUACGAUUGGCCAAUCUCUUUUUUAAACUGUUAACAUGCUUUCUAUACAUAUUCCGUGUGAUAACCGACACCGAUCCGACCUUCGCAGCCUGUUACGGCUGCACGCCGGGCAACAAGACCGAAUUCCUGAUCUCGCAGAACCUCACGGAGGAGGAGUUUCAGGAGCACCCGACCAUCAAUUGGGACGCCAUACUCUGGGUGCAUCGUCCCCUCGAGCUCUGGAUCAUUCAGGUCAUUCUGGCCAUGGUGUCGCUUACCGAGGCACUGCUGCUCGCUUAUCUCGGAUACAAGGGCAACAUCUGGCAGCAGCUCCUGUCGUUCCAUUUCAUACUGGAGCUAGUGAACACGAUACCCUUCACCAUCACACUGCUGUAUCCGCCCAUGAGGAAUCUCUUCAUACCGGUUUUCCUCAACUGUUGGCUGGCGAAACACUCCCUCGAGAAUAUGUUCAACGAUCUACAUCGAGCCAUGCAAAAGUCACAAUCGGCCCUGAGUCAACAGCUGAUGAUACUCAGCGCGACGCUGCUCUGUCUCGUGUUCACGAGCGUCUGCGGGAUCCAGCACUUUCAGCGGGCCGGCCAUCGCCACCUGAAUCUCUUCCAGAGCACCUACUACGUGGUGGUGACCUUCUCCACGGUGGGCUACGGCGACUUCGUACCGGACAUCUGGCCGUCGCAGCUCUACAUGGUCAUAAUGAUAUGCGUCGCGCUUAUAGUUUUGCCCACGCAGUUCGAGCAACUGGCGUUCACGUGGAUGGAGAGGCAGAAGCUCGGCGGCUCGUACUCGUCGCAUCGGGCGCAGAGCGAGAAGCACGUCGUGGUCUGUAGCACGACCCUCCAGGCCGACACCAUUAUGGAUUUCCUUAACGAAUUCUACGCGCAUCCGCUGCUUCAGGAUUACUACGUGGUGCUGCUCUCGCCCAUGGAGCUGGACACGACGAUGCGCAUGAUACUGCAGGUGCCGAUCUGGGCGCAGCGCGUCAUCUACAUCCAGGGCUCGUGUCUGAAGGACGGCGACCUGGCCCGGGCGCGCAUGAACGAGGCCGAGGCCUGCUUCGUCCUGGCGGCCCGCAACUACGCCGACAAGACUGCCGCGGACGAGCACACCAUACUCAGAUCCUGGGCGGUGAAAGAUUUCGCGCCGAACGUGCCGCAGUACGUGCAAAUAUUCCGGCCGGAGAACAAGCUGCACGUGAAGUUCGCCGAGCACGUCGUGUGCGAGGACGAGUUCAAAUACGCCCUGCUGGCCAACAACUGCACGUGCCCGGGCGCCUCGACCCUCGUCACGCUACUGCUGCACACGUCGAGAGGACAGGAAGGCCAACAGUCGCAGGAGGAGUGGCACAGGCUGUACGGCAAGUGCUCGGGCAACGAGAUCUACCACAUCAUUCUCGGGGACUCGCGCUUCUUCGGCGAGUACGAGGGCAAGUCCUUCACCUACGCGUCGUUUCACAGCCACAGGAAGUACGGCGUGGCCCUGGUCGCCGUCAGGCCCGCCGAGCUCCCGGAAUUCUACGAGGACACGAUUUUACUCAAUCCAGGUCCCAGACACAUCAUGAAGAAGACGGACACGUGCUACUACAUGAGCAUAACCAAGGAGGAGAACUCGGCCUUCGUGGUGGCCAACAUCGGCGGCACCGGCGAUCCCCAGCAGGUCGUCGUCGAGACCAAACUCGACGCCUCCUCGACGACGACGCCCGGACAAGCUGCCGGCGGCGGUGGACAGACGGCGGGGAUGAGCAGCUGCACGACGCCGGGCACGACGACCACGGUGACCACGACCACCUCCUGCGUGGGUCUGCAGCAGCCCGCCAACGGUACAACAACAACCGCAACGAGUUAUAGCUGCUUAACGGCUCGGGGUCCCCGCGGGGUCGAUGAAAUGCUGAGCGUGAUCACGAGCCCCGACGACAUGUUGUAUUGUACCGUGACCGACGACGAUCACGAUCACGAUCGGCAGUUGGUCGUCGAGCCUCGGACGACGAGCGAGUCCUGCCGGCAGGAUUCGUCGUAUUACUGCCUGUAUAAUAGCGAUUUGCGGCAGGCGGCCACGGACGGCUCGCUACCCCUACCUCAGGUUAUACUGCAGGUCCCCCCUAGCACAGCCACCACCACCACCACCACCGCGCCCACACCACUCCAACGACACAACCUACUGCUCGCUAACGAUGUACACCCAACUUAUCUCGAUCCCGGGGGAUUAGGAGGCGGCGGCGACUCGAGUCGGCAGCAGGGCUUGAAAGACGGAAGUUUGUCACCGCAAACGUCAAUGACCGGAAAUCACCUCGACGUGCCACGCUCGCUCGAGCCAAAUCCUAAUCUGCUUAGUCCUGAAAUUCUCACUCAAAGAAGAGGAUCCUUCGAAUUGAAUUUGCCCUCAGGGAGCCGAAGACCGAGCAUACUGCCGGUGCCAGACAUGCUAACGAGCUCGACUUUGCACCUGCCCGGCCAAGAGUCGCUCGAGGAUCACGAGGGCAACGAGUCCGAGGACGAGAUGGACGACGAUGUGCCUUGGCGAUCGCCCAGCGAAAAAAUAGCCUUCAAAGGGAUCGUCAAGGGAUUCCCGCCUGUUUCGCCGUUCAUCGGUGUUUCGCCGACUCUUUGUUAUCUGCUCAAAGAGAAAAAACCUCUUUGCUGUCUUCAGCUCGCGCAGGUCUGCGAGCACUGCAGCUAUAGAAACGCCAAGGAAUACAAUUGGCAGAAUAAAACGAUCAUACUGGCUGCAGAUUAUGCCAGUAAUGGCAUUUAUAAUUUUAUUAUACCGCUGCGGGCUCACUUCAGAUCUAAAACCUCGCUGAACCCGAUAAUUUUGCUACUGGAGAGGCGUCCGGAGAUCGCGUUUUUGGACGCGAUCUCGUAUUUCCCGCUGGUCUACUGGAUGCGCGGCUCGAUCGAUUGCCUCGACGACCUGUUAAGGGCCGGCAUCACCCUGGCCGAGAACGUCGUCGUCGUCAAUAAGGAGCUCAACAACUCGGCCGAGGAGGACACCCUCGCCGACUGCAACACCAUCGUCGCCGUGCAGACCAUGUUUAAAUUCUUUCCGAGCAUUAAGAGUAUCACGGAACUGUCGCAGUCGAGCAACAUGCGCUUCAUGCAGUUCCGUGCCCACGACAAGUAUGCUCUGCAUCUCAGCAAAAUGGAAAAGGUACUUCUCAGUACUACUUCCGGUGACAACUACCCCGCUGAGCCUACGCUGGGCUCCCCGAGAGAGAAAGAACGAGGCUCGCACAUAUCCUACAUGUUUCGUCUGCCGUUCGCUGCUGGCAGCGUAUUCAGUGCCUCCAUGCUCGACACUCUGCUCUAUCAAGCCUUCGUCAAGGAUUACGUGAUAACGUUCGUGCGCCUGCUGCUGGGCGUCGAUCAGGCCCCCGGAUCCGGAUUUUUAACCUCGAUGAAAAUAACGAAGGAGGACAUGUGGAUAAGGACUUACGGCCGGCUGUAUCAGAAGUUGUGCUCGACGACCUGUGAAAUCCCCAUCGGCAUUUACAGGACGCAGGACACGUCGAUAGUCGACACCUCGCACGGUGACUCUGACGCGGAAAGCGACGCCGGUGUCGGCGUCUCGUACAAGAUACGCCAUGCGGCGGCGGCGUCCUGCUUAGCCAAUUGCACCACUGCCCGCGAGAAAGGCGCCACAGCUCACAACUACCACUCCGUGGCCCGCUGCGAUCGGCUCUCUUUUUCUUACUCGGUGAGCAUGGGCGACGAGGCGCGCGACAAUCACACCCAGCAGAUCGAGCGCGCCGAGAUCGCCAAUCUCGUGCGCUCGCGCAUGGAGUCGCUCAAUCUGCCCGUGGCCGACUACGACGACGUCUCGGAGAAGCGCAACAGCCUGAGCUACGUCAUCAUCAAUCCGUCGUGCGAUCUGAAGCUCGAGGAGGGCGACAUCGUCUAUCUGGUGAGGCCGUCGCCCUUCUCCGCGCAGAAGACCUUCGAGCGUCACAACUCGCGGCGCAAGAGCAACAUCAGCUUCUGCUCGGCCCAGCUGGUGGCCCAGAUGAACGCCGCGGUCUCGACGGCGAGCGGUUUGGUGGGCGGGCCCGGAGGAGGAGGCGGAGGCGGCGGCGCGCCGGCGAGUCGUCGCGGCUCCGGCAUCGGCAUCGCCGCCAGGGCGCCACCGCUCUCCAGCACCAAGUCCAACUCGCUCUCGCUGCCCGACAGCCCCACGGUGUCCGGCAGUCUGAGGGGUCGCUCCAACUCGCUGCGCGUCGUCGACGACAUCCUACUGAGACGUAGCAAUUCUCUGAGACAAGGCCUGAGCAUUCCGGCGAGGCGCAAGAGCAGCCUCGAGGACAUCGGUCUCGGCGCCCUGUCGCAUCCCUCGAAUCACAAUCCCAUCAAGAUAGCCCUCAACGACUCGAUCGGGCUGGAGGUGACGCCGCCCGAGGAGGGCAGCCAGUCGGGCAGCACGACGGCGAGCAAUACCGGUAUUCUCGACGUCGGCCUGCCGCCGAUGUCCGUCCUCUCGGCGCGGCUCGGCUCCGGCCUCGGCGGCUCGAUGGGCGGCCUCUACGAUCCGUCGCCGUCCUGCUCCUCGUCCUCGGCCUACGGCGGCGGGCCCCAGUCGACCUCGUCCUCGGGACAGCUUCAGGGUGCCGGCGGCUCCUCCUCCUCGUCGUCCCAGCAGGAUCCCCAACACAUACAGGGCACGAUCGUAUGAUACAACCUCAUGUGGGGGCGCAGAUUCUCCGGUGUCAUGAGAAACAAGUGGCUGUAAGCGUGCCCCACAUCGGUAAAAAAAAUUCAACAAUCCAAUGCAACAGAUGCUUUAGGACUCUCUUAUACAUAUAGUUAUUAUGUAGCAGCCCGACUCUGUAUAUAUAACACAAGAAAAGAAAAAAGUAUAUUGUAAGCUCGUGCGCACAUACGUGGCUUCUGUCUCGUAUGUAUUUCGGAACGUGAAAAUAAAACACAAUGGAUGUUUAAUGUAUAACCACCGAAUAGUGCGAGGACUCGACGAAGUACGUCGUAUCCACGUUUUAGAGCUGCGGUAUCGCUCGCUUAAGCAUUUUUGUUGUCGUCCUCUCUAUUUUUUUAUUUUAUAGCGCUCAUUUAGAAAGAUGCAAAAAGUUACUCUCUGGUUCUCGCCUCAUUAAAAGCAACAAUUAAAUUCAAUGAAAAGAAGAAUAAUUCAAACUUCAAAACUUUUAUAACUCGAAGGAAACUUAUUGAUAAACGACUUUACUUUAUUUUUUUGAAUUAUUAUUAUUUUUCGUAUCCUGAAAAAAACCGAUUGAAAUUUUUUGCAUCGAGCCUCGUGUACAUAAAGGUAGUGAUGAUGUGAAGAACAACCAAAAGGCAGCAUACGAGCCACUUGAAAACUAAACAUCAAAAUACAAUUAAUUUCUCAAAUCUGUGGUCGAAUAUCGAGACGAGAUCGCCACGCCAACAAUUUUUAACCCCGAUGCGUGUAUUUGUAAAUGGAAUGUUGUGUAUUUUAAGCAAAUAAAGGGCUUCAAAAUGCCUGACGUUUGCCAAACUCAACGGCGCGGUGCUACUCGAUCGCCGUGCGUUGUUGAAACUCGUAGCUAUACUAUACAGAUAUAUAGAUAUAUAUAAAAAGAUUAAUUAAUGAACAAGACAUCAAAGUGUAAGUUAGGCGAUUUUGAACGAAAAGAAAUUCUAUUUAAUAUUUAGCGACUUCGAGUGUCCUUCAAAAAGAAAAUAAGUCAAAAAAAAAAGAAUGAUAUGCGAUUGCCUAUUUAUAUAAAAAGUAAAUAACUAUACACACACAUACCCGGUCGAUAAUUUUGUACUAGAGAACAAUGCAAAAUGAAAAAAAAACGAAAGAAAACAAAAACGAAAAAACUCAACUAUUAACAAUAUAUUUAUAAGAAAUCUAUUAUUAAUGAAAUUUAUUCAUAUCACGCGAGCUGAAUAACGUAAAAUUCGCUUCAGCGUGCGAGUACUACUAUAUUCGUAGAGGUGUUCAAACAAAAAAAAAACGAGUUUAUAUAUAGCGUUAACCGAUAUAUCGUGUAAACUGUGACGUGUUUUUGCUGUACAAUUUUCGACAUAAAUAUACGCGUAUCCUUUUGUUUCAUUAUGCGGCACUUGUUUUCGAGCCCGUUGAUUUUGGGAUGCGAGCGGAAAUCGAUUUGUACAUCGUCAAAUAUUUAAGAAAAAUCAUGUUGGUGCUUGUAAACUAGUUAAAAACUGUGUGUUGAAGAAAAAAAUGUGGAAUGGAUAAAAUUACUGGGACCUUACAAAAAAAUGUAUCUAUUAUUGAAAGCGCGAGCGAGGCUCUCUUAUCUCGCGUUCGUUACAAAAAAACGAUAAACAUGUAUUUAUUAACACUUAAGAUUGUGAAUGUAGUUUACGUUUCAAACGAAAUUAUUCUAUUUAAAUUUAAUAUUGACUCGAAGAAAACUCAAAUGUACAAUGAUCGACUAUCAAAUUUAUUUUUACCGACUCCUGAUUUCAGACAAUCUAUUAUUCAUCUUGACAGUUGACUGGGUAACUUCUACAAUUAAAUUCUCGGGUACCUUCUUUUCUACAUUUCGCUCACCUUAAAUUGCGUAUAUAAAUUAAAAUUUUAUCAUUAAUACGAAUUGUGUAAAUAAAUAAACAAAUUAAAUAAUUAAAUAAAAAAAAAUACAUUCAAACGAAGUUCGUUUGUUAGUUUCUAGAGAAAGCACACUUUGUCAAGUGUCAAGGUUUUGGGCGAGGGUAAAGUAAAAAUAAUGAAUUAAGAAUGAAUAUGUCAAAAAGAUGUGUAAAAUUAGACUUACAAAGCGCUGAGCGUCAAAAGUGUGCGCAUUAUUCGCGUUAUUUAGUACUUGGAAAUCAAGAUUUUAUUAUUAAUUGAGAUCCACAUUCUGGAUCGAAAUUUCUUAACUACAUAAUUAAACUAGCCCAGCUUCGAAGCUCGGUAUUGUUAUUUCGUUAAUAUUUCAAAGCUGUUAUACAUGUGAAAUCAUCGUUUUAUCUUCUAAGUAAAAGUGGUUAUUACUUUCGUCGUUAAAUGAACUUUGGACAAACGAUUAUAGAUAGAAGAGGAACGGUAGAAAAUUUUUAAUGCUGAACAGUUUUUAAAAAUAAAACCUAAAAUAACAGCGUAAAUUUUAUAGGAGAAUUAAAGUGUAUCUCUAUGAACAUAACAAAUAUGAAGAAAAAAAACUAAUAUUCAUUUAUUAAUGUGAAGCGUUGAUAUUUGUCUUUCAUCGCGCCAUCAGUAAUAUUAUUGUAAGGAAAUGCAACUCUGACGAUGAUAUUAAAAAGCAAACUGUUUUCUGGAAUUUCAUAAAGUAAAAAAGUAUCAUUAUACGCUGCAAUAAUGAAAGGUAGUAAAUUUUCAUAUUAAAGCGUACAGGUAAAAAUAAACUUUAGUCUAACUUGGUAAUUUGAUUUUUGUACGAAGAUGAUGCCAUUAAUAAUUACGAUAAUUUGUUAUUACUAAAAAUUUAAAUCAAUGUUCCAAUCUUUACUCGUAUAAAUAAUGUCCGUAGUAAAGGUAUAUGCCUAGUAUUCAUUAUAUAUCGACCAAUUUCAUUUCUCUUAGGGUUUGAUAUGUGAAAAUAGCGAAAAAUUGGCCUUCAGUUUACAGUUAAAAAAAGCGAAAUAAGGCGUAUGAUGAAAACUUUGAAAGAAUUUAUAGCGUAUUUAAAAGUAAGUAAAAAUAUUUUUCAAAUAUUUUUCAUGAAUUGUCAGGAAAAAAAAACGUUUAAAUUGACAAUGGCAAAUUGCUCGUAAA